GCACGCGCUCUACUGAUGCGCGGACAGAAGGUGGAAACAUUAUUGGACCAGAUUUACUGACCAAAACCUGCAAAAUGGCGCUACCGUUCAGCUUAGUAUCUGGAAAAUAAAUAUACAUAACUCUAUAUAAGAAAGGGAGUGAUGACAGCACAGUUCAAAGGAUGAAGAUAAUUCUCACUGCAUCAUCCAGAGCGCUCUUUAUUCCUUCUUAGCGCACUGAUGGCGCAGCCUCCUGUCAUUCACUGAAGAUUUCAUUACAGCACUAAGCUCGGAACAUUGACGAUGAUGAACAGCCUUCCACCUGACACCAAAAGCACCGGGAGAUGAGACGGAUCCAGCGAGCAUCACUUUUCUGAGCAUCAGUGUGUGUGUGUGUGUGAGAGAGAGAGAGAGAGAGAGAGAGAUUUUUUCAUCUUUUCAUUGUUUGAUUGAUUUAACAGAAAAAAAUGUUUCCUUCGUGUUAUUCUAAGCCCAAGAAUGGCUCUCAGUUUAAGAUGUCGUAUACUAAAGUGUUGUUUGGGGUGCUGGUGGUCUAUGUGCUUCAUACGUGCUGGGCCUUAUACGGCUUCGUGCACACAAAAGGCUGUGACAGCACCAAAGGUGACGACUGCGUUACAUCUUAUCUUACUGCCAAACCACGUCUCCAGCUGAGUGUGUAUUCGACGCUGGAUCCUAGUGAUGAGUCUGCGUAUACAUUCCUCCUCAAAGUGGACAAAUUUGAAGUCCAUACCAAGCUUGAAAGGCAAGUGAAUGUGCCAUUAACUGCGCCAAAUCCAAAGAAUGAGACGCUCCAUGCUGUGGUGUUUGUACAUAAGAGUGGAGUUUCACCAUGGAAAGACAGCAAAUACGUGCGAAUUGUGACUCGUCUGACCUCUCAGAUGUUACCAGUUCCUCCUGUGGCCAGCGGCGGCUCUACUAAACUGACUCAGAAGGGAACAGAAGUGCAAAAAGUCAUGUCCUACUGGAAAUCCCGCAUCACUCUAAACAUGAUGACGGAGGACUUCACCUUUAAUAAUGCAGCCGUGCCCAGCGACAUGCGCAGAUACAUGAAAAUAGUUGAAGAUGGAAAGAAGGACAAAAAGAAAAUCUAUCUUCCCCUUUUACUUGUUGAUGAAAUGAGGAGCAGACUAAAGGAUUUAAUCGAGAUAAACAGCACCACAAAAGCAGUCCCACUCACUUUGUCAUAUGAUACAAUAACACUUCGCAAAUUUAGAAUGUGGAUCCAUAUCCAAGCUGUCAUAUACUCACUCAAACAUUUCGGAUUUUCAGAGCAAAGACUUGAUGAAAUUAAAGCCAUGUUUGUUGAGACCGGUCUUCACAUUUUGGUUUUGUCAAUCCUGGUGCCAGCAUUCCAUCUCUCAUUUGAAGUAUUUGCUAUGAAAAAUGAUGUGAGCUUUUGGAGAGGGAAAAAGAGUUUAGCGGGCAUCUCCAGGCGAUCAGUGAUCUGGAGGUGCUUCAGCACUGUUGUGAUAUUCCUCCAUCUGAUAGAAGAGCAGACCAGCUGGCUCACCCUCAUCCCUAUUGGAUUUCUAUCAUUAAUUGAGCUUUGGAAAGUCAGCAGACUCUUUGCAAUUUGGCCCAGUAUUAAAGAUGACAGAGCAGAUGACAUGGAGCGAGCAACAGAAGAACAUGAUUCCAGGGCAAUGAAAUUCUUGUCAUAUUUAAUGUAUCCUCUGUGCAUCAGUGGGGCUGUAUACUCUUUCAUAUAUCUCAGAAAUAAAAGUACUUGGUACUUUUGGAUCAUGAACAGUCUUGUCAGUGGGGUCUACGCGGUUGGAUUUCUGUCUAUGGUCCCUCAAUUAUUUGUCAAUUACAAGAUGAAAUCAGUUGCCCAGCUACCCAUGUCAGUGUUACUUUACAAAGGGUUAAACACAUUUAUAAGCGAUAUAUUUAGUGGAAUUAUAAGCACUCCUGGACCACAUCCAUUGGCUUGUUUCAGAGAUGACGUGAUCUUUCUCAUCUACCUCUACCAGCGCAGGAUUUACCGUGUGAACAAAUCUAGAGUCCGUGAUUAUGCAUCACACAGGAAGAAGCCUAAAGGAAAAUCACAUGAGGACUGAACAGGUGCAAUAGAGGAAUCCUAGCAAGAGCUCAAGCUUGACGCAUGCUAUACUAGAGAGCAGCAAGUGUAAAUAUGGAAGAAGACUGAAGCUUUCCUCCAAGGACAAAACACAAUCUUUCAGUCCCUCAGUGUUCAGCAUAAAGCUGUUUUAAAGCUCAAAUGUAAUUUCAGUACUGCAUGACGAGUCUUCUACUGAACAAGGCUGGAGUUUAGUGUUAUUUCAUCUCCUUAAACAAUUUAACGAUGAUUAGCUUGAGAGAAAGUCAGCUACAGAAUAAGAACAUGUCCCACUCCAAGGACUGGAAAAUUUAAUGGCCUUAUCUAUGCUACAGUGACCUGCGAAAUAAAACCAAUCACCAAAAUCUAACCAGGUAUGUGUACCUGUGGUGAAAACCACAUGGCCAUAAGAAUUCAUCUAUAGCUCAGGAGUCUAGUAUUUUCCACAGCCUACAUGUUAUUAUAAGGCUAUUGUAGUUGGUCUGUUUUACUGUAGCAUGGACAUUGUAGUGGUCAAUAGACAGAUGCUGCCUUUGUCUGCUGAUGAAACGCUGUGAUUUGCACACUGCCGCAGUGUGUUAACUGGAGAGAGCUUUGCCACUGAGGAAUAAGCUACAGAAAAAAGUGUUGUACCUUUACCUACAAAAAGCGAGACAUGCUUCAGUAAUGUAUUUAUUGAAAAUGUUUUACAUAAGAGUUUAUAUUUAAUCCAGUUUAUUCCAAUCUUGAAUUACAAAUUGCAAUAUUUCUCAGAAUUGAAAAUAUCAUGUGUAUAUAAUUUUGUUUUAAAAACAUUGUCAUGACUAAUAAAAGAGACACUUGAGAGAUGUUUUUCUUAAUGAUAAUGUUCUUUUUAUGGUAAUCAAAUGCAUAAUCUAUUUUCAGAGAAACACUCAACGCUGUCAUACGACAUAUGCAAUACAUUGCUCACACUGGGAUUAGAUGUUAUGCAUUGCAGAGAUGUGCUCUUGGAUCACAUGAGCAUAGUUUAACAAAAUACUGAUCGACCGCUAUUUUUAGAUUAGAUUGGAUUGUGUUUGAUGUCAGAGUUUGAGUCUGCCUGUGAGUAAAUAGAAACGUUUCUAUAUGCGUAGUCUAUUUUCUUCUGGAAUGUGUUACUUAUUCCAAACCAGCAAGCCACACAGUCUGCAUUGACGUCUGUAUGCACAAUGCCCUCAGUGUGCACUAUAAUAACCAGCUACAGUUGUUCUGUAAGAAUGCUAUUGUGCUGUUGUGUCAAGGGGUCAAAAUCAUGAGGGGGUCCCAGCUGGGAUAGCUCAUGCCAUUCAGGAAAAUGAGAAGCAACAUCUGUUGGGUGGUUCACUGAAAAGAGAAAGUCAUUUACUGUCUGAUGAGCAACCGCA